AUGGUAACAUCACAUAUAAUGGACACGGACAUCACGCCCAUUCCAUACGUAGUAUUAGUGACGCGUAUAAUUGAACGAUGUUACUCCGACUGGACUCACUUUUGUCUUAGAGUAAGGAAGGAUGGAAGUGCCAAUAGCAGCCGGUUUAGGGUUGCAUUGGCUCAGUUUUGUAGGAAUCAAAGAGAAUUAUUUUUGAAGCUAAGGACACUGCAUCCUUUUGUAAGACCGCAGACGCAAGGCGCGCUAAAUAGAUUGUUACAGGAUUCAGUUACGGCACAACAAAUCAUGCCUAACAUAAUAAAUUUCAUCAAUCAGACCCUGUGGAGUACGAGGGAAUCACUGCUGCAGAUGGGAUUGAUGGCACCUCCCCCAAAUCUCUCAGCUGCCGUAGACGUUUUGGCCACUAAUAACUAUACUAGAUUACCAGUACUGCUGGAUCAGACGAUUAAAAUGGCUGAUACAGGUGACAUUCAGUUGAUUGACUAUGGAAUUUCUGAAUUUGAUACGGUAAAACGUAGACUUGAUGACGAAUAUUUAAUAUCAUUUAAAAGAUCGUCUGUACCAAAGGAUCGUGUCGAAUUGGUAUAUAAAAAUGGUCAUGUCGAUUUUGUUGUUAAGGGUUACUUUUGUGUCAGUGUUAUUUAUGAUCUUACCAGAUGGCAAGUGCUCGAUGCAGUGUUAAAUAUCGCAGAAGAAAUGAAUAUCCAAUCAACUGGGCUACUUAAGGACUCCUUUUUGCAACUAAUCGAUACGACAGUAGCUUCGACCUACAAUGUAUGUGAUACUCGUGAUAUAAACGCAGCAGAUAUUCAAGUUGAUAACGAUGUUUCAUAUGGCAGUGCUGCGAAUGGUAAGAAAUGUAGUUCUUUAGAUGCGAAUAUUUUUGAAAUAAUAUAUACGGUGGGUAUGAGAUACUGUAUCAAACUUAAGUUGGAACACCUAUACGAACAGGCAAUAAAUUAUAAAUCUAACAGCAAUAGAGUCUCCGAUGUCAAAUUUACUUGUCAAAACAUACCAAUUGUAACCUGCUCGAACGUAUUUACUGGUAUUAUUUCAUUGGAAAUUGAAAUCAAUAGAGUACCACUAUGCAUCGAUACUAGUGAUUACGAAAGCUUAGAAAUUUUGUUUCAAAGAAUCAAUAUUAUGACAUUCAGUUUUGACAUAGAUAAUGGCACCAACGAAUUUUACGAGACAAAAUUCCCCUUCAAAAUAUCAAUCAAGGGAUUGCCUAAUGAUUUAAACACUAAAUGUUUAAACAAUUAUGUAAAUAAAUGCGGUGUGGAAACGUUCCAGUUACACUAUUGGAUAAAUUACUUCUAUUACUCAUUGGAAACACUCAUGUUGGAAUUGUUAAAAAACAUAUUCAAUGGAAGCAUGAGUAGUUUGGCUACUACACAAAUACAGAGUGUCAAUAUCGCAACAUUGUCUAUAUAUGACCAGGGGCAAUAUUUGGGUUGCGUUUCAUUAAGUAGGUUUACCGGAAACAUUCUCUUUAGAGUAAAAAAUAAUUUUAACAGGCUUAGUAAAUUAACCAAGAAACUUAUAGCAUCUGAGUGUGCUGCUUCAAUUGACGCAUUUAAAUCACUUCUGUAUUUAAUUGUCGGGAUUAAUAAAUUGGACAAUUACAAAAACCCUACAAUAAUUAGUUCUAAACGCAUAUAUCCUAUUCACGACGAUUCAAUGAUUGACAUGUUGGAGCGGCUAUUUAAUGGAAGAAUGAUUUAUGGCGAGUUGAAGGAGACAGAUGCUACUGAAGCAUUGUUAUUUGACUGUAAAUGCUAUAAAAUAUCGAAUGUUGUCUUUGCACUGUACAGCAAUGAGAAUCAAUUGUUUGCAUUAGCAUGUAAACAAUUGCAGCCCCCAGAACUAUUAAAUCUAUAA